GAAGAGAGGGACAGAAAACACACCGCUUGAGUGAGAGAGUUUGUGUGCGGCUUCAUUGAAUGACAAAAAGCGAUGUUUACUUCUUAUAACUACUCAUGUCGUGCAUUUCCUUGGCAAUGACCGCUUUUCUACAUUAGGAAGCUCAAGGACAAUUCAUUGCAGCACUCAUUUCAUGAUAAAGCAGGCAUUUGAUUUCACCAUCAUCCUUAUCUGAGUUUCAUCUGAUAACCAAAAAUGAGCAUCACAAAGCAGUAUGUUUUAAGCAGUAACCCUUUCCCUGAGUAUGUGAUGCCAGUUGAUCUGUCCAUGUAUGCACAGAUCGCCUCUUUCGCUCCCAGGUCCUCUACAGACCGGCACAGACUUUCACCAGUUUCACCUACAUCUUCACUGUCUUCAUCCAGCUCUGGCGGCUCCCUGUCCUCCUACUCUUCGGGUACCAGCACACUACGCAAGAAAAAGCAAGUCGUAUUUGCUGAUUCAAUAGGUCUCAAUCUUGUAUCCAUCCGCAUCUUUACCGCUGACCCUUCAGAGAUGGAAACAGAAGAUGCAGCACGGCCCGAGGAGCUUGUGAAGCCUAGAACGCCAAUGCAGAACAUGAGAUCAAGAGUGAAGCUUGGUUUUCCACAGCCUGUUCCAGACAAUGCAAGCUUGAAGAGAAACUUUGUGCAGUUGGAGAGCUGGAGAGUGAAAGAAAGGGUAUUGAGUGGAACUGUACGAGUCUUCAACAUCAUGCUUGACAAGACUGUUUUUGUCCGCAUUACUUAUGACUCAUGGCGGAGCCACAGAGACAUCCCAUGCACUUAUGUAAGGGAGCCAUAUUUAUCUUUUCAGACUGCUUUGUUUGCUUUUAAGGAAUAUCUACCAUCUGAUCUGGACCCAAAGGAGCUGCUAGAGUUUUUUGUGGUUUUUUGUGUUUGUCCUGGUGAUGUCAAGAAGCAAUAUGUGGACAACAACGAAGGUAAAAACUUCAAGAUAUGUGUGGAAAAUAUGGCUGCAGAACCUCGUCUGGUGUCACCAGAAUCUCGCCUGGCACCAUUAGAACCUCGUUUGGUGUCACCAGAAUCUCGCCUGUCACCAUCAGAACAUCGUCCGGCGACAGCAGAAUCUCGCUUGGCACCAUCAGAACAUCGUCGGGCACAAUCAGAAGCUCAUCGUUUGGCAAUGGAAUCUCGCGCAGUUACGCCAAGCCGACGUUCCUUCAUUACACCAAGUCCCCAGCGUUAUUCUGCAUGGCCUGCAGGAAGAGUUCUUGACCAACAGAGAAUGAAAAACAUUACGUGCAGAGCCCCACAAGACCGUCUGGUAAACAGGAACUUGAGAUUGACGAAUGUUGAGGUGUUAUGUUAAGACUGGACUAAGCAAUUUAACAUUUCUGCUCGGAUGCCCUUUAGAUUCAGUUGCAGAUUCGGCCAAGUUUGAAUAGAGGGAUUUUCUGCACCUCAUGAAUGGACUUCUGUUGCACAGUACUUGCAGGUUUGCACAUGCCGCUGAAGCAGUUUAAUGUUAAUGUUUACCAUGCACAUGUAAAUAUGUUUUCAUUUGCACUUUAAGUAUUCACACUAGCUAAUACAGGGAAAAAAAAGGAAACUGGUUCACUUUCCCUAUCACCUGCUUUUUCUGUCAUGAAGAGGUGAAAGUGAAGUGUCCUAUUUCAUAUGUAGAAUCCUAUGUGUGUAUAUAUACAGUUUGUACAUUAUAUAUAUAAUAAUUAUGUAUUUAUUUUUCAACUUUUUCAUUAAAAAAAUGAAAUGCUUUCCAUGAA